GCGCGGUGUCUGGCGGCCGAAGAUGGCGGACCCGGGCGACGGCCGGUGGGAGAGUUUGGCGGCCGGGCUGAGCGAGGGGGUGACGAGGGCGCUCGGGGAGCUGGGCUUCACGCACAUGACCCCGGUGCAGUCCGCAACAAUCCCACUGUUUAUGAGCAACAAAGAUGUGGCAGCAGAAGCUGUCACUGGCAGUGGGAAAACCCUGGCGUUUGUCAUUCCUAUUCUGGAAAUUCUUCUAAGGCGGGAAGAGAAACUGAAGAAACACCAGGUCGGUGCACUCGUUAUAACUCCCACACGAGAGCUCGCAAUCCAGAUCGACGGGGUAAUGAGACACUUCACCAGCCAUUACCCACAGUUUAGUCAGAUGCUUUUCAUCGGUGGGAACAAUCCGAUCGAAGAUGUUGAGAAGUUUAUCAAGUUUGGAGGGAACAUCGUGGUGGGGACUCCCGGCCGCCUGGAAGACAUGUUCCGGAGGAAGGCUGACGGACUGGACCUGACCUCCUGUGUGAAGACGCUGGAUGUGCUGGUGCUGGACGAGGCUGACAGGCUGCUGGACAUGGGCUUCCAGAUCAGCCUGAACACUAUCCUGGGAAAUCUGCCCAAGCAGCGGCGCACGGGCCUUUUCUCGGCCACUCAGACCCAGGAGGUGGAGAAGCUGGUGCGAGCCGGCUUACGCAACCCGGUGCGCAUCACCGUGAAGGAGAAGGGAGUGGCCGCAAGCAACACACAGAAAACACCAACUCGACUGAACAAUUACUACAUGAUCUGCCGCCCGGAGGAGAAGUUCAACCAAUUGGUGGCCUUCCUUCGCCAACAUAAACAGCAGAAACACCUGGUCUUCUUCAGCACAUGUGCAUGUGUGGAGUACUACGGCAAAGCCCUGGACUUGCUGGUGAAGAAUGUGAAGAUCCUGUGUAUUCAUGGGAAAAUGAAGCACAAACGCAACAAGAUUUUCACCGAAUUCCGCCAGCUACCAAGCGGGAUCCUGGUUUGCACGGACGUUAUGGCUCGAGGCAUUGACAUCCCGGAGGUGCACUGGGUGCUGCAGUAUGACCCUCCCAGCAACGCCAGCGCCUUUGUCCAUCGCUGCGGACGCACAGCCCGGAUCGGCCACGGCGGCAGCGCCCUGGUCCUGCUGCUCCCCAUGGAGGAGAGUUAUGUCAACUUUCUGUCCAUCAACCAGAAAUGUCCGAUGGAGGAGAUGUCAUCACUGAGGGAGGUGCCGGACGUGCUGCCGAGGCUGAGGAAGGCGGCGCUGGGCGACCGGGCGGUGUUCGAGAAGGGAAUGAAAGCUUUUGUCUCCUUCGUUCAGUCUUACGCCAAGCACGAGUGCAGCCUGAUCUUCAGGACAAAGGAUCUGGACUUUGCUGCGCUUGCCAAGAGCUUUGCUUUGCUGAGAUUGCCCAAGAUGCCAGAGCUGAAAGGGAAACAUUUCCCCGACUUUGUUCCCGAGGACGUGGACACGAACAGUAUCCCGUAUAAGGACAAGGUGAGGGAGAAGCAGAGGAAGAAGCUGCUGGCGGAGAAGCAGCUGGAAAGGCAGCAAAAUGAAGGAAAGAGGACAUUCGUAAGGAACAAACCGUGGUCCAAGCAGAAAGACAAAAAGGACAAGAAAAGGAAACGGGUGGCCAAACGGCAAAGAGAGGAGGGCUGCGACAUGAAGGACGAGGACAUGGACGAGCUUCUGAAGGACACACGGUUAUUGAAGAAGCUGAAGAAAGGGAAGAUCAGCAAGGAGGAGUUUGAGAAAGAGCUGACAGGCACGUGACGGCUGUCCUCAACACACAACACUCACCAACCUGGGAUUGUUCCUGGACGUACAUUGUUUUAUACUGACUUGAUUGUCACAUCUAUUCUCUUAAGUUAAAGAAACCCAUAGACAAACAUUUUUUUAGCAAAGUUUCCUGUUGCCAAUAAGAGUGAUUGGUUGCUCAUUAGACUCAUAGGAACAGGCUAUUCAGCCCCUCAAGCCUAUUCUGCCAUUUUAUUAGAUCACGGCUGAGCUGUACUUUGACUCCAAAUACUUGCCUUUUCCCCAUGUCCCUGAUAACACAAGAUUUUAACUGGUCAGAAGUGAGACCAGUAACGCAGAGGGUCUGUGAGCUUCGCCCUGGCUGGGGACAGCUCCUAUCGGGAACUUUUAAGAGACAGUUUGUCAAGUCACAUACGAGGAGGGGGUUGACUGAUUUUAUUGGCUGCAGCAGUUGAUAAACCGCAUUUGCUACAAAAUCAGGACAUGAAUCCACACCAAACACCAACUUUCCACACUGGGCUCAGAGCGUCAGCUUAAUAAACCUCGUUCUCCCCGA